AUGGUUAAUGACACCGGUGCUAAUGGAACAAACAUUGGCAUCUGCCCGUCUGAUGCUGAACUGCGUGCAGCCUUUGAGAAAUAUACUGAAGAGAGGUUGAAAUGGCAGGAGAUGCAGUCACGGUUGACUGCCGAGUUCAAUUAUACACCCAAACGAGCUCUUAUAUUCAAAAAGAUGAAAGAGCUCGGGAUACACAACACUGCGAGAAGACAUGCAAAGAGUUGGAGCAAAAGCGUUAUGAAAACAUUUGUCAUGACUGAACUGGACAACGAUCUGAAUAAACGGAAUGGGCCGGCUACUAUUCAAGAGAUCAUGGCAAAGAAACAUAAUGUUGCAAAUUACAGUGACUUUAUACGGGGUGUGAUGAAAGACGAGUAUCCCGAGGGUGCCAUUCUUCGCGCUCCAAGCAAUCGCUUUGGAAAGAUUCCACGAGGACAUCAUCUUGUUAUAGGUCCUUGGCAAGAGCUCCAUGGUGACGGGCAUGAAAAAUUAUCCAGCAAAGCCCUUAGCAUGGGCCCUGUUGGGAUUGAUAUCUAUGGCUUUCGUCAACAGGUCGGAUUUAUCCAGAAGCUGGUCGUCGUGCCAAACUCGAGGCUUGCAAAUGCUAUUGGCCAUAUCCACUUAGAUGUCAUUGAGGAAGCGGGGUUCCGAAUGCCUGUUCAGAUUACAGUCGACAAAGGUUCUGAGACUGGUGAAAUGUUCGCUCAACAGGAAGCCUUACGAACAGCAUUUGGGGAUUAUGACUUGGAGAAAUAUCCGUCCUUCCGUGCUCUCCAGAGCAAACACAACAUUAUGAUUGAGGUUUGCUGGAAGUGGUUUCAGAAGUUUUCAGGUGUUGAGUUACGUGGUGUUAUAGAGGAGGGGAAGACCAACGGGCUAUUCAAUUCAAGCUAUCAAAUGCAUUGUGAUCUUUUUCAUUGGCUCUGGCCCAAAAUCGUUCAGUCGGUUUUGGAUGACUACGUAAUAAAAUACUGGAAUGGACAUCGAACUCGGAAACAAAAUGACUCACCCAUGCCAUCCGGAACAACUCCAACUCAGGUCAUGCAGUGUCCUCAAGACUACGGCAUGGCAGAUGUUGGAAUUGAUGUCACCCCCGAGGCCAUCCAGUUGCUUCGAGAACGCCUCCCAGCUCGUACCGAAAUCCUUCGGUGGGUUAGCGACGAGUUUGAAUGUGUCGCCCAGGAUGCCUAUGAUGCAAUUGGGCAACCAAGCUUAGAAGGAUCACAAGCUGUUGCGCGAGGGUGGGAGAUAUUUGCACAGAUGGCAGAGGCCAUUGAAGUGCUCGUGCAUGGCACAACAUAG